CGUAAUUCGAUGGGCUUUGUCGUAUUUUGGAUGAUUGAAAUAAGUUUUUCAAUUGAUAAAAGUAAACAAUAAUUCAUGAUAAAGUCAAUUAACUAACGUUCCAGUAUGACUGACCUCAAGAUAUGCAGGAUAUGCCUUCGAACAGAGGCGAAGGUUUACAGGCUCGAUCAAUUUCAGCUUGUGUAUUAUUAUGAAGAAGUUAUGGCGCUAAAAUUAGAUUAUGAUGAUGGUCUACCACAGUACUGCUGCUAUGAAUGUGCCACCAUGCUCCACAAGUUUCACAAGUUCAAGGAAAAGUGUUACCGAGGACAAAAGGCAUUCAAAGAGAUGCUGUGGAAAGGUCCAGUCACAUAUGAAUCAGUAUACAAAGUCGACAGAAAAGCUCUCGGUCUCCAGUCUACAUUAGUAGUUCUCCCAGUGGAGUAUGUCACUUCAGACGACAUGGAUACCUUCAUAAAAGAAGAACAAGACGAAUAUGACGAAGACAAUUGCAAUGAGUCAUUAUCGGAUACUGAUAAUCAGGAGAUCUUUAACGAUGAAAGUAAUUCAAUUGAUGAGAAAUGCAUAGUACUACCAGACAAUGAAGUUGAUAUGGCCGUAGAUUCUGAAAAUCCACUUGAUUCCACAACAGUAUUCGUAGAGGAUAAAAAAGAAGUCACAGUGCUUGAAAAUGAGCCGUUAAAGAAUGAGAAAAAGCCAGUAAAGAAAAGUAAACGAUCACAUACAGCACCUAUUACUCGUAAUGCUAAGAAAUACAAGAUUGUUUCGAAGACGAAGUUCCUGGAUGCUAAUCAUUGGAAGAUGUUUAAUUUGUCGGAAGAAGAGGCAGUGAAAGAUUUCAGGGCUAAAGCAGACGACCCAAAGUAUUUGGCAGCGUCGUUCAAGUGCACAGACUGUUUUAAAGGAUUCUCGAAAGAGCUCAUGUUGAAAAGGCAUAGGCAUUUGAGGCAUAAUGAAACUGUAGGCCCAAUGGAGUGCCGCUUCUGCCGCAUGCGUUUCAAAUGGGACUGCGAACUACGCAAGCACAUGCGCUCACACUUCACCAAGUUCCAGUGUCUGAGAUGCGACCUGGUCUGUCCUAUCGAAACCACAGCUUUGUUACACGAGGACUAUCACAACGGAAUUAUUAGGAAAUGCAUUCACUGCAAUGAGGAGUUCAGACACAGUUCGACAUAUUACACGCAUUUGCGUACGCACCGCAGCGAGCACGUGUGCACGACGUGCGGCGCGUCCUUCGUCAGCGUCGCCGGGCUCAGCCAGCAUAAGAAGCUGCAGCACUUCCACAGCGAGAUCGAGAGUCCGGACGACGACGAAGAGGUGAACACAUUCUGUGAGAAGUGCAACAUUCGCUUCGAGACUAGAAAAGCGUACAAUGAGCAUCUGUUCCACUCCGCUAUGCACUUGGAAGGAGCAGAACAAGAUCUAAACGACGAAUACUCAGUGCCAAAGAAGAUACUUGGAAAGAAAGCUCAGGAAAAGGUAUCCAGCAAAAACUCAGAACAGAAGUUACCAUCAAUAAAAUCGUACCGAAAGAGGAAACCGAGGAGGCAACCCAAAAAACCAACGGACUGUCAUCAAUGCGGCAAACACUUCGAGACUCAAGCGGCGUGCAUGAAGCACCAUCUAGCGGAGCACCCGCGCACUUCGUUCUUCGCGCCCAACGAGAGACACAUUUGCGAGAUUUGCGGCGCUUCCUUAGCGCCGGGCAGCGUAGCAAUGCAUCAGAAUAUACACACGCGUGAGAAGGAGUUUCCUUGCGACUCCUGUUCGAGGACUUUUCACUCCAGUAUCGGCCUGAAGAGGCAUAUGGUGACGCACACGGGUGAGAAACCAUUCGCCUGCAGCCUGUGCGACAAGCGGUUCACGCAGAGCAACAGUAUGAAACUGCAUUACCGCACCUUGCAUCUCAAGCAACCCUACCCAAAGAGGAACAGAAGAAAGAAGAAAGCUGAGCCGCCCAUGGUGAUGGAAGAAGAGAAGAGUACCGGAGACGAUUCCAACAGUGGGCAGCAAGACAUGCAUUACCUCACUCUACAAUAAACCAUCAGCCCACGCUACGUCUUCCAGCCCGUGGUCGCCACUCGAGAACUUUCCUGCCCCAACGGCCAUCGUCUCUACGAGCUAUGUGCCCCGCCCACUGCCACUUGAUUUUAGCAAUGAGGGCUAUCGUUUUUAUACUUAACAGUUGGCACCCCUGGCGAUUGACAGGACCUUACUCUACAGUGGCGCCAUCUUGAUGAGUGCAAAUGCGAUAGUCCUCCUACCACUUUCGCGCUCACCAGUCGGCGCCACUGUCUUCGCUACUAGCAAGUGACAGGACCUUACUCUACAGUGGCGCUAACUGGUGAGCGCUAAAACGAUAGCCCUCAUUCUACGAGCUAUGUCGGUCACUUUGGUUCUCCUGCUAAAGGUCCUGCUUGGUAAAGGUCGCGGGAAGAGCCUGGAUGCGGGCAGCGCAGGACCGUUCAUUGUGGAAAACCUUGGGGGAGGCCUUUGUCCAGCAGUGGACGUCAUUUGGCUGAAACGAACGAACGAACAAUAAACCAUCCCAAAGGUCCUAGGUUCUGUUCCCAGUGGGGGCAAACAUUUUUCGGUUUGGUUGGUGGUGAGGCUUGUUCUACGUCCGCCUGGCUAGCUACCACCAUCUUACAUAAGUC